AUGGACGCCGCUCUGCAGUGUGCGCUGCUGCUGGUGCUGGUUCUGGUUCCGGGCUUCUGCGGGGCGCUGCAGCCCAACCACACCGGCGCGGGGGUUGAGCUGAAGGCCGAGCCGUCGCAGUUCGGCUCCCUGUGGCCGCUGCCGCAGCAGGUCAAGAUCACCGCGGCUUCAUUCAAGCUGUCCCCCGUCAGCUUCGUGAUCGUGGACGGCGCCGGGUCCUCAGCUGGCCCGAGCUGCGUCCUCCUGCAGAACGCGUACAGAAGAUAUUACGAGUACGUGUUCGGUUCGAAAAGAAAGACGGGCCCGACCAAAAACAGGCGGACCGACGCGUCCGAACUGACGGAGCUGCAGGUGUGGAUCACGUCAGCUGACUCUGAGUGUGACGGCUACCCCAGUUUAAAAUCCGACGAGUCAUAUGAACUGUCCGUGGACCAGCCGUAUGCCAUCCUCAAAGCAUCGAAGGUCUGGGGAGCCCUUCAUGGUCUGGAAACUUUCAGCCAGUUAGUGUUCGAAGAUAAAUAUGGAAGCAAAAACAUCAAUUUGACAAAUAUUGUUGACUUCCCCCGAUUUGCACACAGAGGCAUCUUACUGGAUACCUCUCGACACUUCUUGCCCAUUAAAGUUAUUUUGGACAAUAUCGAAACAAUGGCCAUGAACAAAAUGAACGUUUUCCACUGGCACAUUGUUGAUGAUCCGUCCUUCCCUUACAUGAGCCGAAACUUCCCCCAGCUGAGCCAGAAGGGAGCCUACCAUCCCUACACACACGUGUAUACGCCUGCUGACGUGAAGAUGGUCAUCGAGUUCGCCCGUCUGAGAGGAAUUCGUGUUAUCCCAGAAUUUGACACUCCAGGACACACACAGUCUUGGGGAAAAGGUCAGCCAGAUCUGCUCACACCCUGUUAUGCAGGCACCAAACCCACAGGCACCUUCGGACCAGUGAACCCUAUCCUGAACACCACUUAUGAUUUCAUGCAACAGUUCUUCAAGGAGAUCAGCACCGUGUUCCCUGAUGCUUACAUUCAUCUGGGAGGUGAUGAGGUGGACUUCACCUGCUGGAAGUCCAACCCGGACAUUCAGAAAUUCAUGGCUGAUCAAGGAUUUGGUUCAGACUACACCAAACUGGAGUCCUACUAUAUUCAAAAACUUUUGAAUAUCGUUGCCGCUACAAACAAGGGCUACAUGAUCUGGCAAGAGGUCUUUGACAACGGUGUUGCGCUGAACCCAGAUACACUCAUCCAUGUCUGGAAAGGAAGCCAGGCACAGUACCAAAAUGAGAUGGCAAAUAUUACAUCAUCAGGGUACAAGACCCUGCUGUCCACUCCCUGGUACCUGAACCGUAUCUCCUAUGGGCAGGACUGGCAGAACAUUUACAAGGCAGACCCACAGGAUUUCAAUGGCACCGAGGCACAGAAAAAGCUCGUGAUUGGUGGAGAAGCAUGUUUGUGGGGAGAGUACGUGGACGCCACCAACCUGUCACCUAGACUCUGGCCUCGAGCCAGUGCUGCGGCAGAGCGGCUGUGGAGCGCUGCAGAUGUGAGGGACAUCGGCGAUGCCUACAACCGACUGCACCUUCAUCGCUGUCGCAUGGUGGAGCGUGGGGUUCCAGCGCAGCCACUGUUUUACAGCUUCUGUCCUCAUGAGUACAAAGGGGUGUAAAAACAACUACGUCUGCACGUAGGGGGAUGAAAAAAAGGAAAUCAAACUAUACUUAUGUCUUAAACUUUUAAAUCAAAUGCUGUUUUACUUUACUAUUGCUGUUGAUCUCUCCACCUUAAAUACAAAUGCACUGUUUUUAUGCAAUGUUUGUUUGAAUGUUGAUUGUGAAUAAAAUGUUUACAUUGUU